AUGGCCAAUCAAGCAAAAGAGACUGUCAAGGCAGAGAAGAAGGAAUUCAACAAAAAGCUUUUGGACAUACUCAAAAAUAAAAUCAAGGAAUUGAAAGCAAGUAUGUCCGGAAUGUCCAAAGAAGAAAAGGACAAGGCAGUCCAAGAUCUCAAAGAUAAAAGGUUAUCACUUGAACAGAUAGAUGCUCUUUCGGACAAAUAUCUUGUCGGAUUGUACGAGGAUCUUGAAAAAGAAGUCAUAUCAGAUAUUGCGAGAAGAUGUCUCAAAACUUCACGAUAUACGGAAACUGCUGAAUUGAUGGCCGAUGCAAUGCGGAAACAAGGCUUCAGUCCGGCAAAGAUUCAGACUGAAGUGAUCAAGAUACUGAACAAAGAUGCCGAAUAUCAGAAGGAACUUGCACAGAAUACUCUUGAAUACAAGCAGUUUGUCGUCGAACAGAUCAAAGAGACUGAAGCUGAAGCACUUGAAAAUGGAGACAUGCUUGUUGCAAAUGCCGGAGACAUGUCAUUCAGAUCUGAUCUUUCAGCAUGGGGAGAGGUUCCGGACGACAUCAAGAACAAUCCAAAUUAUUUGAGCGAAACAGUCAAAGCAACACAGAAGAUGACUGAAGGAAGUUUGCGAAACAUAACACGAACCAUGGGAUUCAAAGGCACAUGGGGAGACUGUGGAGUCAUGGAAGCAUAUCGAAGGACUCUUGAUCUUGCGACUCUCAAAGCUUCAACCGGUGCCUUCUCCUAUGACAGAGCAAUCAAGGAUGCAGUCGCAGAUCUCACGAAAAGAGGACUGCGAUCUGUGGACUAUGAAUCCGGGCGAUCUUAUGAACUUGAUUCAGCAGUCAGAAUGUGUGUCAGAACUUCGCUGAUCCAAAUGACCGGAAAAAUCCAGGAAGAGAACAUGAAGCACUUCGACACUCCUUUGGUAUAUGUCGAUGCGCAUGCCGGAGCAAGGCCUUCUCAUGCAGUAUGGCAAGGUCAAGUCUAUGCCUACGAUUCAAACGGACUCUUGAAGGAUGGAACAACAGCCGGUUCCAAAUAUGAUGAUUUCUUUCACUCGACACAAUAUGGAGAUCCUUUGGGACUGAUGGGGAUAAAUUGCGCACAUCAUUUCUAUCCAUACCAUGAAGGAGAUCCGAUUCCGGAAUUCAAAGAACCUGGACCAUUCAAUAUUGACGGAAAAGAGUAUUCCAUAUUACGAUGCGACACAAUUGAUGCGUAA